UUUUCUCUGGUAUUACUUGGGCACUAAGGAAAUCCAAGCUGAUUGUGUGUGAUGUGCAAAAGAAAACAUGACUGAGUUUCAAGGUUGGAUUUUGCAUAAGCGCUUGUCUAAUAAUUAUCUAUCAGCUGUCCAUCACAAUGAGUGAUGUCUCUCAUUUUCCUGUGAUUUAUGUGCAAGAAUUGUCCAGACAAGACAUUGCUACUGCACAGGGUUAAAUUCAGUUGUAAACCCAACCAACCAACCAACCAAGGAGGAAAGAAAGGAAAAGGAGCAUCGAAAGCUUGUAUGUAACCUGAUAAAUGGAAUAAAAGAAAGAUAUUGCAAAGCAGGACUGUUCCCAGGCUGAAAGGUUUUGGAGUCUGCAAGUCAGUAGGAAUGUGUUUAGGGUUAUUUUUAAGAGAAGGGUGGAAAAAAGAGAUCUUAAGUGUGAACAAAUUUACUGAUUGUAAACCUACUUUUUCUUGCAGUCUCUGUGAUCCAAGCUUUCUUACCUUGGGCUGCGAGCUGAUUGCAGACAGAGGUGUCCUGGCUAGCCUCUUCCCACCACUCAAACUGAGAGAGAAGUGGGAAGAAGCAAACUCCCAUCUAAAGGUCAAGUUGAUACAAGUCUUCUAGUUUUAAAAUUUCUUAGUUUUACCCUGUGUGAGGGAGAGCUGAUUUCCCUGUAGGAUAGCAGCUGUCUCUGCUGCAGCAAGGAGUCCUUUGCCAGGAAGCUCAGAGCACACGAGGCACCUUAAUGCUGCGGCAGGACCUUCUGCAAACAGGCACCGUGACCUCCUGGCCAUGGGCUGGAGCGGCUGUGCUUUGUCCGAGUUUGCUGUAAAUUCAGCCCCAGCGACUCAGAGCUACACCGUGGGGUCAGGUUUGUAACACAGCACCAGAGCAAAGUCCCCCUGAUCCUCGGUUUUCUUACUGAAAAGAGCAUGCGAGUCUGCAGUGGUCCUUCACAGCAGCUGUGUUUGUGUCAGGUAUUAAAUAUGCACUACAUGGUCCCAACUAACUCAGACCAUGGAGACGCAUAAUGAUCCACACAUGUGCUUGUGUGUCUCUGCAGCAGACAGAUACAAUGCCAUGCGUCCUCCUCUCAGCUUCGGAGAAGUUGCCUGAGCCUAUUUUAAUGGAGGUUGGCAUCCUGGUGCUGUAAUGCUGUCCUUGCAUUUCGAAUGUUUUUAGAUGAAUCAGUGUUAGAAGCACUUUGAGCAGUUUUCAUGAACUCUGAUCCUGCUGACAAUUCCUGGAUCACCCCCAUGGACACCCAGCCUAUUCCCUCUAUUAGAGAUUAUUGUUUUCUCUAAACGCAGAGUGACACCCUAAGUCUACAUGCAGUCACAACCUGAUCCAAGGGUAUUACUAACAUUAGCUCUGACCCUCUUGGGCUAAGCCAACACAGUUUAGAUAGCUGUUACAAGUUUUACCGGACUUUAGCUACCCGAGGCCACUGACAACAAGGACACGCGCAGCAAUGAUCAUUUCACAAGAAGCAAAAGAGCAUACGGUGUUGGGAGAGAGUGCCCCUGAUCCUCAUCCUGAGGGUUGCUUUCACCCCCUUACUAAUCCUUGGGGAGUUGUCCUGGGGAGGUUUGCGCACAAGCUAAGGUGAAAGGGAGUUUUCCUGGAGGUUUGGCAGUGGUGGGAAGCACUGGCAGGUAGUCUGACUGACACAAGACCUAACGGAGGGCAAGGCAGAUGGGUUCACAAGAUGCACAGUAAGUUGUGGAGGUGUGAGGCUGCUGCUGCUGCAGCAGGUCAGGUGAGACUGGGGAGUAACCAAGGAUGUUAUAAAUCAUCUGAGCAUGAAAACGCCUGCUCCCGGGGUUGCAGAGCCUGGGUGGAUCUCAGGUCAGCACCCCGCACUUCCAGGGUUUUUUAUUUUGACUGGUAGCUGAUCCAGUGGCUUGAAAUGGCUGCCCCAGAAUGCUGUAGGGGUUAAAAGAAAUUUGCUUAUCUGGUCACAACAUAUUUUGGCUUCUGUUAGCGAAACUCUGUUGUUAGAGUGGCAAUGGAUUAUUCAGUGCCUUGGAAAUGAAGCCUUGAUUUGGACACGGCACAUAUGUUGAUAAUGUGCAUUACUCGUCCUGUCCCUCCAGCUUUGCGUUACCAAACACUUAGUAUGUUUGCAAUGGAUCCUUAGCUUGAAAGAUCACAGCCAUUACAUCUUGAAAUUGAUUUUCUUCUGUGGAGAGAUGUUUGAAGCAAAAACCAAUUUGGUAUGUAUAAACUACAUUAGAUAUAAGAAGAUAUCCCUUAGAGUGCACAGGAUCACCUUUGAAGCCAUUUUUACCCUACCAUGAAUAACAAGUUGCACAAAAAGGAAUUUCUUACAGCUGAUCUGAUCUCUACCCAUCCGUGAGUUGGCUCUGAAAUGAGAUAAACCUAUCUACUCUAAUUCAGGACAGGUGUAACAUAUUUCCCAAUCAUAUUACAGAGGCUCAUGAGGCCCGGUGGUGUAAUCAGAGCAUAUUACCAGGGCAAGUGAGGUAGCUCUAUCUGCUUUGAGGGACUUGCCUUGCAAAUAAGAUGCUAGGCUGCUGCCACUGCCUUCAGGAGGUAACAAGCUGGUCUGUGGGGUUCUACCUGGGCUGCCAGUGUUGGAUGUCUUGUGGGAGCAAGGAGGAAAAGUGGACAGCAAAUUGCCUAACUGACUGGAAUACCGGCAGCGCAUCCUUGUUGGCACCUUACAAAUGACAAGAUGUCAAGGAAGAAGAAGCUGUGCUGUGCAGUAUAUGCCACUAGUCAGCAAAGACUGAGGCGAGAACUGUGCACUGCAAAUGUUUCUAGUAAACUGUCUGUGAAUGAUCUGCAGGCCAAGGAUUCUUCAUUAGAGGAUGGCAGGAAUGUUUCUGAAAAACAAACAAAUGUGAGACUGUUGCAAUCUGUUCACACCAAGACAAAAACAAAACAAAAAAGCGUGAAAUAAAUUAUCUCGUGCCUACCGGGCUUUAACGAGGGCUGGAUGCAGAAAUGCCAAACAAGGGCUAAUAUGCUGAUGAAAACAAGAACUUCAUUUUGACGUGCCCGCCACAAAGGUCUGGCUCUAACGGAGUCCCUGCUGUUUCAUGAAACCAAAUACCCAUUUAUGAAGAGGUAGAUGAGGGACACCAUGGUGAGAAGGGCAAAAGUGUUCCUUUACUUAUUCAGUACACUUACUUAACCUUACUAAGCAGUUACUAGCAAAGUUUGGUAAAGCAAAACAGCAGUGGUAUGACCAGAUGAAAGGGUAUCCAUGUCACUUGCGAGGGAUUCCACAAACAUUUAGGAGAGCAAAUAAUCCAAAGGCUCAUUACUGCACAUAAAUCCCUCAGCCUUCUGGGUUUCCUUCUCUGGAGCCACUGUGAAAAUGGACACAUCAAUAGAGCCUUCUGCAGAAAAGCUGACAAUCUCAAAAUGGUGUCAUGCUGCAAUAACUGAAAUCUCCUGCCAGGAAAGGGACACAAUGCUCGCCCCCAGCUCUGCUCUCAUGUUGGAGCAGGGCUGGCAAACAACAGGGGCAAGAGGAAGCCUCCGGAACCUGAAGAAAUUUAAUAACCAGGACUUCAACCAGCUGCGAGCCUUGUGCCUGAGCCAAGGACUGCUUUUUGAGGAUGCCACCUUCCCCGCUCACGUCAGUUCCAUUGGUCCCAACCUGCUCCCAGCGGCUGAACUGUGGCAAAUACAGUGGAAGAGGCCAACUGAAUUUCAGAGAAAUCCUUAUUUGAUCACAGAUGGAGUUAGCAGAUUUGAUAUCAAGCAAGGAGAAAUAGGUGACUGCUGGAUGCUGGCUGCCUUGGGCUCCCUGACACUGCAGAAGCAAUUUUUGGAAAAUGUUUUACCAAAGGACCAAGGAUUCCAGGAUGAUUAUGCUGGGAUUUUUCAUUUCAGGUUCUGGCAAUAUGGAGACUGGGUGGAUGUAGUGAUAGAUGACCGACUGCCAUUCCUAAAUGGAAGAUACCUGUCUGUACACCCUCGAACGUCAAAUGAAUUCUGGCCAUCCUUGCUGGAAAAAGCAUAUGCCAAGUUUCGGGGCUCCUACCAGAACUUGCAUGGAGGUUACCUUUCUGAUGCUUUAAUAGACCUCACAGGUGGCAUCCAAAUGCAGUUUUCGUUGAAGGAUCCCCCUCCUGAUCUGGAGGAGAUACUGAAAGCAGCUGACAAAUCUCAGUGUCUGAUGGGGUGUAGCACCUCAGGCCAGCUGAGGAGGAACAUAGAGUUGAGGAAUGGGAUUGUACAGGGUCACGCCUACACUGUCACAGGAGCUGUGAAGAUACGCUACAAGAAUGGCUGGAAACAUAUCAUCAGGAUCUGGAAUCCGUGGGGCCACGGGGAGUGGAAGGGGCCCUGGAGUGAUGACUCUCCUCAGUGGGACCAUGUUGAGCCUAAAUGCAGGGAAGCCCUCCUCAGAAACAAGGAUGAUGGAGAAUUCUGGAUGUCCUGUGAAAACUUCCAGGAGCAGUUUUCCUGGCUGUAUAUAUGUAACAGUACCCCAACGUUUCUGGACUUUGAAGAUCAGCACUGCACAACGUGGUCUGUGGAAAGGCACGUCAGCCUGUGGAGUCCAGCCCUUGCCACAGGCAGGAACAACUAUUCCCCAGGUGCAGUUUCAACAAACCCUCAGUAUUUUUUCAAAGUGCCGGAUUAUGACCCAAAAACCUAUAAUGUAGUCAUUUCACUCAUGCAAAAACAUCCUAAGGAUAUGCAGGAUGCAAAAAACCUGAAGAUUGGCUUUUUUAUCACCAUGGAGAACUCUGAAGUUCUGAAACAAAAUUUUUCCCUGACUCGAGAUGUGACCAACUACUUUAUCUUGAGCCCAGGAACAUAUGCUGUCGUUCCUGCUACAACAGAGGACCAAGAAUUUGAAUUUCUCUUACGAAUUUUCAUGAAGAAUCAAGACCACAACAAGAACCCAAACUCCCCGCCCAGCCCAGUGCUGCUGAUGGAUGGAUCAAGACAGAACCAGGACAGCUCCUAUAAGGCUGUCUUCCUAAGAUACGCUAAGCAGGGCUCAGCUAUUGAUGCCUCGCAGCUGCAACAACUCCUUAAUGAAGUGAUCCUGCAAGAUGAAAUGACCAGCCUGGGAGGAAGAUUCAGCUUCGAUUCAUGCAGAGGCAUUUUAGCUCUGAUGGAUCUCAACUCGAACGGACAGCUCACACUGCAGGAGUUCGGGAGCCUCUGGCGAAGUCUCACUAAGUACAUGGAUAUCUUCAGCAAGGAAGACAGAAAUCAUUCUGGAUUUCUUGAUGUGUCUGAACUGAAAAGCGCAAUACAGAGAGCAGGUCUGGCCGCUAACGAGCAGCUCCUGCGCCUGAUGACCUUGCGGUACGGCGAUGCUGCCAGGAGAAUCGGCUUCUCCGACUUUGUGUACUGCAUGCUGCGCCUUGAAACCGUGACCCAUGCAUUUCAAAACUUAGCAGAGGGCGGAUCACAAAUUUUGAUGACGGCAACGGAGUGGCUGACUCUUGUCAUGUACACUUAAACAGAUGUCAGAGCUCAAUGUGGCUGGUGGCUUUCUGCUGGCAGUAGGACACAGCCCAAGGCCAUCCCCUACAAGAGCCAUCCAUGGGGUUCUUGAAAAACCACUGUGAAGGAGAGAAACCAGGUUUCCUAUGGACAUUUGCUUACACUUGAUGGUACUCAGAUGUCCGGAUGAAGAGUCCUUUUAAGGCAAACUGGAGUUGCUUUGGAGAGAGAAGAGGAGAUAAUGAGAGUGAUCCAUGGGCAAGCUGGUAGUACUUAAUGGUCUGGACAAGCUGGAAGUGCUGACUAUUAUCUCCUCCCAUCUUCCUGUAAAUAGUAUGGCUGGUUCUCCUGGUUAAUGCACAGAAGUCAGGAACAGCUCCAUUAACUCCAUUGCAAAUAAGAAUAGAAUCAGGCCUUUUGUGUGGAAGCAGUGUUUAUCAUGUAGGUAACAAAACCAAUUAGAGACACAGUUUUAUUUGAAUUCUUUCUUAAUUUGCUUGUGUGCCAUUUCUAAAUGCCAGAAAAAGGUUGAUGAAAUUAGUCAUAAUUCAUAAAUAACACCAGAAGCUUUGUGAUUAUUUUUUUUCACUUUUUAUUAAUAAAUAAAUAAAUAAAAAAGAAAAAAUCUAGUGUAUAUUUGAGUUGAUCAACAUAUUAGACAUAUUAGAAAUAUAGAACAGAUUCUUCAGUGGUUUUUUUUCUGAUUUCCAGCAUCUAUAUCAGGACUGUCUGGGAAGAGACAAGUUUAUCUGAACUGCAUUCUCUUUCUCUGUCCUGAUGUCUUUAAAAAUAUAAGGCUUCUUCAGAUACAAUUCCUUCUCAAAAGUUUAACUUAAAUCUGGUAAAUAACUGUAACCUUUCUGUAGCCCACACACAAACUCCGCUUUCAUACU